AAAGCAACCAAAACUUUGCGUUUGUUUUUUGUUUUCCGACUGUUCACAUUAAAGCCAUCAAAAAAAUCCCUUUCUCCAAGCCUUUGCUCCCCCUUUUAUUGUGCACUAGUUUCACAAGAUCUGAACUUUAAGUCUCAAAAGCUUUUCUUGGGUAGUGUGUCUGUUUGUGGGUAGAGAAGGAACAGAAGGCACAGCAUCAUGGAGUUGGGUCAAAUGCAGAGAACAAUGGUUGACUACAAGAAAUCCUUGUUUAUGGAGGGUUUCCUAGAUGAUCAGUUUUCACAGCUUCAGCAGCUGCAAGAUGAGAUCAACCCAGAUUUUGUUUUUGAAGUUGUGUCUCUUUUCUUUGAGGAUUCUGAGAGGCUUCUCAAUGAUCUCUCAAUUACCCUAGAGCAACCAAGUGUAGACUUCAAGAAAGUUGAUGCCAAUGUUCACCAGUUGAAGGGUAGCAGUUCCAGCAUUGGGGCACAGAGGGUUAAAAAUGCCUGCAUUAUCUUCAGAAACUUUUGUGAAGGACAGAACACUGAUGGGUGCUUGAAUUGUCUACAGCAAGUAAAACAAGAGUACUCUCUUGUUAAGAACAAGCUUGAAACCCUAUUCAGACUGGAGCAGCAGAUUGUAGCAGCUGGUGGAGCAAUUCCUAUGAUGGAGAUGAGCUAUUAAGAGAGCCUAAGUGCUAGAUGCAGCAAAGCAAGUUCUGGAAUGGUGGUUGUAGAGAAGGUUUUGUUCAAGUAAUGGAUCUGUACUUUGUAUGGAUUUUGUUGUGAAAUAAAAUAAAAAAAAAGAGUAGUUUUCAUCAA